UCCAUCGUUAGUCGAGUGGAGGGGGAGCGCGUAUCGGGUAUAUAUACCGCAACGUGCCGCCACCCAUUCAGUUUAUCCUCUGCUUGCACGAUAAAAUUUACCAAGAUGUACAAAAUUUUACCUUUCGUCUCCGACGUUGAAUUUGCUUUGCCGAAUUUACCCGUGGAGCUUUGGUCCAUCAUCUUGAGGUGUUUGGACCCUUCUUCACUUCUAACUGCUAUCAGCUCCAACGACCUGUGGAAACACAUCGCCCAGGGAGAUCCCGUUUUGAGGAAGACCAUCAAGGACCAGAGGGUGUUGGAGAAACGAAGACGCCGAGAAGAGAUGCUUAAUCCAGGGCUCCUGAUUUCCGUAACCAGAAAUGGACCCGGAGGAGUGUUUGGACCCAACGCUACCAAAAUUGUUCGAAGACAGGUUCCAGCACGAGGACCAGUUACCACCGUGGAAAAAAGGAAACGUCGUCAAAACAAAGACGAUGGGCCUCUUCGCAAAAAAAUAAUUCAAGAAAGAAAGUUCACGCAAUUUGCCAACGCAGACAGUACCGUCACAGCUCCUAGAAACAAGAAUGAAAGUGGUGCAUUUACGUCUUCAGGGUCAACAUACUGGAAGAACAGACGAUUAACAUCUCGUGCUUUACUUAUUGCGGUGAUGCUGUAUGCAGAAGAAACGUCUGUUAGCAUCGUAUCCGAGCUUCUGCUGUGUGAUCAUUAG